UAUCAUCACUAAUUCUUGACACACACGGUUUGUUGUAAGGGUUAGUUUAUAUUUCGUUAAUUGCUGAAAUUUAGAUUUAAUGUGCAGCAUUGGCGAAGAUGAUUUUGGUGACGAGGGCGCAACGCAUGCUAUGCUGCCUGGUUCCUCAACAGUGGGCACUGUUAUUACUGCAGGCAGCUGCAAUAAGUGCGGUCUCAACUCGUUGGAGCUGUACAAAUUGAACUUUCGUGCCGCCGAAUGUCAUCAAUGUUUCCUGAGCUAUGCCAGGCACAAGUUUCGUGCGGCAUUGGGGGCAGCAAAGGCGCUGCCACGCAAUGCUGAGGUUCUGCUUCUGGUAGACGGUAGCGCCGAGUCUUUAGUUCUGCUGGACAUGUUACACUUUGCGCAAACGCAAAACACUUUCAAGCGGCUUCACUGCAGCGCACGUGUGCUUCACAUAGAUGCUCAAUCAUCGCCGUCCGAAAAUGAUCCUUUACCAAUGCUAAACGAACUGCGUGAACGUUAUGCGCCCUUUGAGUUCUAUGUCAUACAGCUGGGUGCAGAGGUCCACAGCUUAAAGCUGCUUAAGGAUUACAGUGCCUCUCGGUUAGACUCAACAGAUAACAAAUUGCGCAGCUUGACAGCUCGGCAGGAUUAUGUACGGCAGCAGCGCAAACGGCUUAUUGGCGCCGUUGCCCUCCAGCUACAGUGCACUCAUGUUUUCGAGCCCAGCAUAAGCUCCAGCCUGGCUGCACAGCUAUUAACAUCCGUGGCAUUGGGGCGCGGCGGUAGCGUUGCUUUGGAUGUGGCUCUGCUGGACGAUCGCCUGCAGGGCGCCGUCACGCUUCUGCGUCCCUUGAAGGACCUCAACGAACAGGAAGUGCAGUUCUAUAUUAAAGCCCAGCAGCUGAAACCGUUUCGGUCAGAUGAAUCUAGUCUGUUGUCCGAUGCUAGUCUCCAAAAUCUGACAAGUGCGUUUGUGGCAAAUCUGCAAUUGAAUUAUGCAUCGACGGUGUCUACGGUUUUUCGCACGGGCGAUAAAAUUGCUGCCAAGCGUCAACCAAUUGAAGAGGGACCCUCGACUUGUGCGCUGUGCCAAUCUGAUCUGGAUUCUGGGCUCUCCGACACUUUGCUAGCGAUUGAAUAUUCGCGCGCAGUCUCCGAAAUGGGCGUUGCACUGCAACAGCAGAAUAAUAUGGAGGCUCUGGAACAACGCGCCAGGGAGCGUUUGAACUCAAUGGAUAAUUUGUGUCACGCAUGCCGCAAUAUACACGCAGAGCUUACUCAUGGUAGCUUGAUUUAGUUUAAAUUGGUUAAUUAUAUUUACAUAAUUUUUUAAAUAUCCAUUUUAUUCGUUAGUUUUGCCUGUGUAUAAAUUUGUAUAUUAUUUCUAUUAACUUUACGCAUAUUUGUUAAAUGGAAUCUUGGGUAAUAAUUUUUCGUUCCAUUGGAAAACAAACCAAAGUUCCAUAUAGGAUCUUACAACAAAAUGGAGCUAUAAUUAGCAACGACAAAA